GAUUAGAUAUAUAGCUUUAGAGUCCUUAGAUAGCUAUUGAUAUAUAUAUAUAUAUUCACCAUAAUAACUUAUACGAAAUUCAUGAACCAAUAUGAAAUUUAUUGACGAAAUAGAUAUUGAAUUAGUAAAUCAAGAACUUAAUUUUAAUUCUCAAGAUAAUAGUUUGGUGAUAAAGGGUGGAUGCGAUUUAUUCACAACUAAACCAAUAGGUUCAGAUAGAAAGUUAUUUAAGACCAUCGAUAAACAUUUGGAUCAAAUAAUAGAAGAUAAUCAAUUAUCAAGAUCUAUUGAAUGGGAAAGAAAGAAUUCAGUUCACUCAUUAAUCGGUAGUAGCGCUUCACCACCCAACGUGCCCGGAGCUUUAUCGGGAAGGAGAGAUAGUUAUUCAACCAUUACGGAAAGAGAUAGAAGACAAAGUAGUACUAGUAGUACUAUAUCAAGGCCGUCAUUUUCAAUAUCGAAUCCAGAAAAUAUCAACAUUAGUUUGAAUUUAGAUCAAUCAUUUGAAUACGAUCCAUAUCAACAACCAAUCGAUGAAUCACCAUUUGGACCAUUGAAAAAUGUUACUACUAGAAAAACUUUUGCUUAUUUGAUUGCCAUUUUAAAUACUACAUUCCCAGAUCAUGAUUUUUCAAACUUACAACCAACUACUGAAAAUUUCCAUCGAAUUCAUAAUCCAGAGGACUUGGUUCACAAAUUCAAUAAUAUUAUGAUUUCAUUGGGUAAAAAAGAAGAUAUCUUAAAUUGGAUAUGGGAUACUAUUAAUGUUUAUAUGGAUGUACAAAAUGUUCGAAAUUCUCCUUCUUUAUCUGCCCAAUCAGGAGGUCCAGUAUCUACUAGCAGAAAGAAUAGUUUUAACAACAAUAAUUUACAUCCUUAUUCGAGGAAUGGAUCUACAGUAAAUGGUUCGAAUAAUGCUAAUAACAAUAAUAAUAGCAGUAAUAAUUCUCCACCUGCAAGUUUUAAUCCAGAAAUAUGUCAAAUAUAUCAAUUUCAACCAAGUGAUGAAUCUAUUUUAGAAGAUUUGAAUUACCCUUAUCAAACUAUGUGGUCUAACUAUUGGUUUAUUUAUAAUAAAAAGAAAAAAAGAGUUGCUUUUAUAUAUUUAACUGCUAUUAAUCUGUUACAUUAUUCAAGUAUAAAUAACAGUACGAUUAAAACCAAUGGAAAUAACAGGAAUGAUAAAGAGAUUAUACAUCAUGAAGAUGAUGAAGAAGAUGUCGAUGUAACGUACGAUGAUGAAGAAGUAAUACUAGAUGAUGAAGGAGAUGAAGAUUUUGAAGUAGAGGACAAUGAUGUGAUGGGUGAUAUAGAAAUUUGA